GCACGCUUGUUGGUGGGAGGAGUAGCUCGCCAUUCAAACUAGUUUUGUAAACAUUAUUGUCUAAAACGACACGAUUUUGGAUGCUUUGACAUGUUUUGAGAGUUUUACCAUAGUUCGGCGUCUUAUAAAUCGCGGAAUUGCUAUCAGGAAUUUAUUUUUUCUAGUUCUUCAGUAUCAGUUGGAAGUUUGUGGAGCAGCCAUUUUUUCACCCGAAACGUCGCCGUGGACGCUGGUUAAUACGAUUACAACGUCGUUAUCAGUUUUUAUGCGACUGAACUGAACUCGUUUGGAUUUGUCACGGAGAUAUCGGUCAGCGAGAGAAGACAUUUUCCUCGGAUAAUCUGUAGCAGACAAGUUGGGAAUCACAUCGCCGUUUUUCUGGACUAUUCAUCAGCGCUCGGGUUGUUGCAUUGCACGGCCAGUAUUAGAUAUGUUUAUCUAAAUUAACGUUACAUAAUCUCUGCCUGAUUUGCCAGCCACUUGGGCUGUUUUUUUUAAUAGUUUUAAACUACUUGUUUUGUGUGUUUUUUUUUUUUGUAUUACGUUACGUUAUCCUUUUACAAAAACUGAACUUUUGCCUGGAAAGAUGAGUUUCGUUACACGGAGGCACGGCAAGUCUCCAAAUCUUAAACCCGUUCGCCAAAAGUUGCAGUUUUUGGUCAGUGACGGUGAAGAAGACAGCAUUGAAGACGCGAACAACAGCACCGGAGCCGAAUCGGGCUUCACAGAGCUGGACUCGCCGGUGUCCAUGCGGCGCAGCGGCGAUAAGAGGCCGGCGGACCUGGGCAGCAGCAGCCCGCUCAGCCGAACCAGAGACGACGACGAGUCCUGGGACGAGGAGGGGUUCGGCUCACCGUCUCGGGCAAAACCAACCUUUUACAUGAAAAGCUCUCCAUCGCCAAGGAAAAGUCCACAGGCUUACGACAGUUCGCCUGAGAGGAGUUACAUUCAUGAUGACAUGGAAGGAUCCAGCUCUCCUGUUCCGGACUGUCCUGAUACACCGCCCCAUAAAACCUUCAGAAAACUCCGGCUGUUUGAUACACCUCAUACCCCAAAGAGCUUAUUGUCAAGGGCCAGGACAAAGGCAUCGACGAGCCGGAGAGUCGCCCUGUUUAAGAAUGUUGAUUCCACAAGCAAAGCCUGUCUGGACGGAAGACGAAACCAGACACCUCUAGUAAACAUCAACCCCUUCACCCCGGACUCCAUUCUGGUGCAAUCAUCGACACUACAACGAAACAACAGGAAACGAGCACACUGGAAUGACUCAUGUGGAGAGGACAUGGAUGCAAGUGAUCCUGAGAUGGAGGAUGAGCUCAUUCCACCCUCAAAGAGGAUCACAAUGAUGGAGAAUAACAACAUGAUGUCCAGAUAUGCGUCUGAAUUCCAUGAGUUGGAGAAGAUCGGCUCUGGAGAGUUUGGUUCUGUUUUCAAAUGUGUCAAGAGGUUGGACGGCUGUAUUUACGCCAUCAAACGUUCCAAAAAGCCCCUGGCAGGCUCUGUGGAUGAGCAAAAUGCACUUCGUGAGGUAUAUGCACAUGCAGUUCUUGGACAGCACCCCCACGUUGUGAGGUAUUAUUCUGCUUGGGCAGAAGAUGACCACAUGCUGAUCCAGAAUGAGUACUGCAACGGAGGAACCCUGUCUGAUGUUAUUGCUGAGAACAAUAGAUGCAUGCACUUCCUUUCUGAGAUGGAGUUGAAGGAUCUGCUGUUGCAAGUCUCUCGUGGACUCAAGUACAUUCACUCUACAGCACUUGUUCACAUGGAUAUCAAGCCAAGCAAUAUAUUCAUUUCACGCAAACCUGCUGCUAGUGUAGAGGAAUUUGAAGAUGAAGAAGAUGGUCCCACCACAAGAGUGGUGUACAAAAUAGGUGAUCUAGGUCAUGUUACAACGGUUACCAAUCCACAAGUUGAAGAAGGUGACAGCAGAUACCUGGCAAAUGAAGUUCUUCAAGAGGACUACAGUAACCUGAAAAAGGCAGACAUAUUUGCCCUUGCUCUGACUGUAAUCAGUGCCUCUGGAGCAGAGCCCCUUCCUACCAAUGGAGAAAAGUGGCAUGAAAUCCGACAGGGCAUCCUGCCCCAUAUCCCACAAGUGCUUUCUCAGGAAUUUUUAAGCUUGUUAAAGCUUAUGAUCCAUCCUGACCCAACACGGCGACCCUCAACCUCUGACCUCGUCAGACAUCCUGUUCUUCUGACUGCUUCCAGAAUGAGUGCUGAUCAGCUGCGUGUAGAGCUCAACGCUGAGAAAUUCAAGAACGCACUUCUGCAAAAGGAGCUAAAGAAAGCUCAGAUGGCAAAGGCUGCAGCAGAAGAGAGGGUUCUGUCCACAGACCGUGUUCUUACACGUUCCACAGUCCAAUCCAGCUCCAGAGCUUCUCGAAUCAUCGGGAAAAAGAUGAACCGUUCUGUUAGUCUCACCAUUUAUUGAACUGAACCCCAGACAAAGGAGAUGACCAGCCCUAAGUGGGAACUACAGUGGUGCUUAUCAAGGACUUGGGCAACAGACAGCUUUGUCUGUAGUCAGAAGGAUGACGCAGACUGUUUUGUGACAUAGUGCUUAUACUGUUUGGGACAAGUACCAUGGUCUUUACUGAAGCUUGGGUCCUUCUGCAUUGUAUAGGCACUAGUGUCUGAGUACAUAAUGCAGAUCUGCCCUAACCAUUUAGGUGUGCCUUCUCAAAAUCUCUUUGACAGAAUUGCCUUAAGAUGGACACUUUUUUUAGUGUAGAUCUGUCUUCCUAAUCUUUGCUUUAAGUUCCAUAAGUAAGGGUCAGAAUGGUCUCCCUGCACUUGCUUUCUCAGAGGUGCAGUGUUGCUCUUUACCAAAUGGGAGAUGUGUACCCCUAUUGAGCCCUGAUAUGUGAAUGUACCAGAUCAAAGAUUUGUGCACCUUACUGCCUGUGAAAAAUGCCUGUUGGGCCACAGAAGUUGGUGGGGCUUGAGUUAGAUUGCCAUUAAAAUGAGCACUUUGGAGGCAAUGGUGAGCUUGCCACAGAAAGCCUGCUGCUAUUCAUGUUUGUCUGUAUCCAGUUAGGGUUGGAAGAUUUUUUUUUUUUUUUUUGUACUUUUAAAUCAUUUUAUCCAUCCA